AUGUCAAUGUUUCUUCCAUUUCUAGGACAAGUCCUCGAUGCCCCAGCUGACAGCUGUGCGGCUCAAGGCAGUUGCUCGCCUUUCCCAUUUUCAGUGCUGCAAAAUCAACCGGUCGGAAAACCCAGGCAAAACUACAAGAGACAACACGUUUCAGUGAUAGCUAAUCCUCCUGCUCAGGUCAAGACUGGAGAAGACGCGAAUAACUACUACAUUCUACUGCAGAAACAGUCCGUUCAACAUCCAUUUCUGAAGUUCAACAAUGGUUUUGAAAGUUUUGAGAUCAAAUAUUUGAAGCGCGACAAUGUGGUGACAAUUACGAUUGCUUCCGCUCUAGAUGAGUAUAAGAAGUCCUACGAGUUCGAGGCCGGUUCCGUCAAUGAACGCAGUGUUUCGUGGGAAUUGAUGGACUCUACUUCCAUGCUGGUGAAAAUUCCAAAGGUUUCUGCUGCAAAGAGAGAGCAGAUUUCAAGAGAACAGAAAUAUUCGGCUUUGGUGCAAGAACUAGAGCACGUCAAGGCUGAAUUGAGAAAGCAUCAACAACUGUUGAAAUCUCAAAAAGCACAAUUUGGGCAGCAGCUCGCAGUCGAAAGAAGACAUGCGGCCGCUCAGAGAGAAGCUUACGAGAGAAGGUUAUAUCAACAGAGUCAACAGUUUAGAGACCAGCAGGUGGCCAUGGAACUACAGUUCAAGAAUGCUUUUCAGGAAGCUGCCGAGAUUCAAAGUGCCCUAUUCCAGCAGUUGGAGAGGGAACAGGCCAAACAGACGCAUAAACAACCAACAGAGGGCUCAUCUAAAGAAGCCUCUGCUCGUGAAACCAAGCCAACUUCCCCAGUUUUGAGAUCCAGAGGAAGUGUUUUGGAUGAUAUAGAUGCCGCUUUUGCCAAGUUUUUCGAGUCAAAGAGGUCCGCAGAGGCUGCAAAUCCACAGAAUAUCGUUUCAAUCCCCAUUUCUGAGCCAGAGAAGCAAGAACAGAGCAAAGGAUCACAACAUGAUGACCAAGAGAUGGACGUCGAGGACCCUCCAACUAGCUCAUUGACGGAAGAUGUUGUGUCUUCUACUGACGAGUCAGGACCAGAUACCCCAGACUCUUCUGAUAACGAGGACAAUGACUCAGCUUCUGAGGCGGACUUUGUGGUUGUUAAAAAGUCACAAGCACCUUCGGGCUCGGACUCCCCAUCCAAGCCUGCUGAGGAUGAUGGCUAUGAAUCGUCUGCAUCCACAGACUCGAAAAAAAGAUCAAGAACUCCUUCCUUGGAGGAUGUACAGGACGAGGAGUUUUCAGCAUUCAGUGAUUGA